AUGAAGAGCCAGAAGGGCGGCGAAGUGCCGAUGCUGAAGGAUACGCUGCGCAAGCUGUACCUGCGCACGCACCCGGACCUGUUUGGACGGUACCCGGAGCAGCAGCGCGCGAACGAGGAGUCGUACAAGGAGCUGCUGGGCAUUUUGGAUGCGAUUGAGAAGCACAAUGAGUUCCCUCCUGCCAAGACGUUGGUGCUGCGGUUCUUUCUGAAGACGCCAGUCGAGGGCGAGUUCAAGGAGGUGGACCUGCAGCUGCGCACGACUGGCGGUGCUUGCAACACACUCGUGGAGGAGGCUUUGGGUCGGUUUUUCGGCGAGUGUGGUCUCCCACAGGCAUUUCAGUGGGGAGAAGGCAGCUGGGGCAAGGCUGUGGGCAAGACUGUGGUCGAGAACUCGAAUCUGGGCUUCGACAAGGAGGAAGAAGCGCGUGAGAAGGCGAGCAAGGAGGCGGAGGAGGCGAAGCGUGAGGAUGCAGGUGAGCAGCCGGAACGAACGUACAAUCGUUCCGGUGGUAGCGCUCCAGAUCACUCGAUUGAGAAGAUGUUGAAUGAAGUAGACGACACACUUCAGCUUAUUGCGGCAAUGCCGUACCUGGAUGAGGAAGAUGAGCAGCAACGUGCCAUCAAAGUGCACUUUGAGCAAGGUACAGGAUUGGACGACCUCGACUCGGAGGGCUUUACGACAAAGAGUGGUGUGAUUCGGAUGUGGCAGGGUGAACGGAAUUUGAACACGUUGAUCAAGGGGAUGGAUGCCGACUCAGCAAUAAUUUUACAACGGAUAUACAUGCACACGCUCGAAUUUGAAAAGCAGAUGAACGAGAUGAUUGCCAGCGAAGGCGUUGCGGACGAAGAAAACGAUACUGGCACGCGAAGUUAG